AUAUUUCUAUCUUAUCGAUUUUUGUAACAAGAGAGCAGACUCUCCCCCUAAAAUCACAACUCUAGAAAUAACAUAAAAACAAAACAAGAUCAUUUCAACAUUUUCAAUUAAAGAUAUGACAAAUGCACCAACAAUUCUUUACUUCCAACGAGUGGAACAAAUUUCUUAUUUAAAAAGUUGCACAAUAUACACUUUGCUUAUCUCUCAAGUAUAUUUGGAAUUUUUAUUCUUCUGACUCGAGCAAAAAAUUAAAAAGAGAAGUUGGAUGUAUUGACCAAUAGUUUGUCAUAAUUGUGUGCGUUCUAAUCCUCUCACCUGCUCCAUAGCUGUUAACUAUAUAAAUUGCAUGGUUUUGCGCUUGAAAACAUUUAUACCUUUAUGUUAAACCAUUAUAUAUUUCACAUGUAUUAUAUUUCAUUAAAAGAUUAUCUAAAAUAUGUGUAAUCAAAAAUAUAACAAAACUGACUCAUAUAUUAUAGGAAUAUAAAACAGUUUAACGGAACUAUUUGAUGUAGGGUUGUAUCAAUUUGCAGCGACAUUCCUUUUUUUCAAGGCUUCCUGCUACUUCAGGAGGGUAGGUUCAGUAUAGCAGGCGAGGCAACAUCACUGGAAGCAUGUCCAGAAACAGGAACGAUAAAAAACAAAAAACAAAACCCUCCUCUUUUUUUCAGCAGUAAUGUUUUCUCAUUAAAUCCGACCACUGACAGGUCUGAACGCGGUUGGGAACAAUGACAAUUUUGUGGUUAAUUUUGUCUGUCAGGUGUACUGUACUUUGGUCAUGGUUAUACAUUGUGUAUUCCAUAGCUCAAGAGACAUCAGAGGAAGUGGAACUGUUCAACUCUGUGAAACUGGACAAACUAGGAUGGAAAUCUUACCCCCCAGCUGAUUGGAGUGAGAUUCGUUAUCAGGUGGGUUCAGAGAGUGCAGCCCCUGUCUAUCAGGCCUGCACUACCACCUGGAGCAGGUCAAUACUAACCAAAUGGAUUGAUAAGAAGGAUGCCAACCGCUUGCUAUUGGACAUCACAUUUGCCCAGGAAGAGGAGCCUACCAAUCAGCCGAUUCCCCUUCAGAUCCACAUGCUUGAAACAACCCAAGCUCUGUCCGGCUUUCAAAGUGGUCAGAAUGUUUUGAGCCUUGUGACGUCGAAGGCUUUUCCCGUCACAUUUGAGCCAAAGCAGUUACCAGAGUACUUUGACCGCAGGGUUGGUUUGGACCUUGGGCAGCUCUCAGAGCGCGGCUUCCAUCUUAGGUUCUCCUUUUCAGGAAACUGUGUCUUCAUAGCUUCUGUUAGACUGUACUAUAAAAGAUGUCCAGGGUUUGUGCAUGACCUGGUCAGGUUUGAGGGGGCCUCGGCUGCUUCGGGGCCCCAGCCUGGUGUCUGUGUGGAGGGGGCUGUGAAGGAGGGCCCCUGUGAGAGGCCCUGCCAGGAGGAUGGGGUGUGGGGGCCGCUGGAAGGGGAGUGCAUCUGUCCCCCUGGUCAUCAGAGGGUGGAGGCCACCUGCCAAGCAUGUGUAGCUGGCUACCACAAGCCAACCAACGAGAGUGGAGGAUGUCGUCUAUGCCCACCCAAUAGUUCAACAACCAGGGCGGGUGCUGUGGAGUGUGUCUGUGACCGGGGCUACUUCCGGUUGCCUAGUGACCCAUACAACAUGGGAUGCACACGAAGUCCCUCCGCCCCAGUGAAUGUGACAGUUCAGCGCCUGAAAAACUCCACGCUGUCUCUGCGCUGGGGCCCUCCCCACGACACAGGAGGGAGACAGGAAAUGAAGUACGAUGUGCAUUGUCAGGAGAAGGAGGGUGACACAGUCGGUCUGUGGAAAAAAUGCGUGGAUUUAUUUCUAUCCGCCUCAACCGGAUUGACGACCACAGAAGUCAACCUCACAGGGGUGAACCCAAACUAUGACUACCAGCUGUCAGUGAGGGCAUGGAACGAAGUCUCUGUCCACCAGCCCUCGGAAGCAAAUCUUGCAAGUGUGGUCAUUCACAGAUUGAAGGUCACUGAUGACCAUCGGUCCCUUGAGCAUCAGCAGGAAGACUUUUCUACCUGGGGGAUUGUGGGCGGACUACUGGGAAGCCUUCUCCUAUUGGCCCUGGUCUUGACAGCUGUGUGUACUCGGCGCCGUAAAAACAUCCAGCUCAGGGAGGAUCCAGUCUUCCUGUCUCUUCACCCAGGUGUAACAUAUCGUCGCGAUGAGGACGUUCACCUCGACCUUCCGGAGCCCACCACCACAGCGCCUGAGGCAGUUCAGUUUCUGGAGAGUGUCAGUGACAGACUCCUGACCAGCCUGAAGGAUUCCGCAGUGCAUCGAAACAAACUGACCCUGGGCAAGGAGCUGGGGAAGGGGGAGUUUGGGACUGUCUACGAAGGCCUCUUCUCCCCAGUGGAAGGGAUCAACAUCAAAGUAGCAGUGAAGACCAUGAAAGUUGGAAUAUACAACCAAGACGAUUUGGAGGAGUUUUUGAAGGAAGCAGAAAUUAUGAAGCAUUUUGAUCAUGAAAAUGUGGUCAAACUUCUUGGGGUCACUUUGGAGCGGGAGCAGGACUCCCCUCUGCCGGUGCCUUUGGUGAUCUUGCCCUUCAUGAAGCAUGGAGACCUGCGACGUUUCCUCGUCGCUACUCGCUACGGGGACAUUCCCAUGUUCGUACCCUACCAGAGUCUCUUACGCUUCAUGAUUGACAUUGCUGCAGGGAUGGAGUAUCUCAGUUCCCAUGGCUUCCUGCACAGAGACCUGGCUGCACGCAACUGCAUGUUGGGAGACGACUUACAUGUAUGUGUGGCUGACUUCGGUCUUUCCAAGAACAUCUACAGCAACAACUACUACAGGCAGAAAGUGUCUGUCCGAAUGCCAGUCAAGUGGAUGGCCAUAGAGAGCCUGUCAGAGUCCAUUUACACCAGCAAGAGUGAUGUGUGGUCCUUUGGGGUCACCAUGUGGGAGAUUGUAUCCAGGGGAAGGACUCCAUAUCCAGGGAUCCACAACCAUGAACUCCUGGAGCAUCUGGAGGGAGAACACAGGCUCAAACAGCCAGACUGUGACGCCCAGCUAUACGAGGUGAUGCAGAGCUGUUGGCAGCGGGACGUUACACUGAGGCCUGGUUUCAGGGAGCUGGGGGAGAGGCUGAAGGUCCAUCUGUGUGCCCUGCCGGUCCUGGAGGCCUGCCAGGAAGCCCACUACAUCAACCAGGGCCUGGAGGCAGCCUGCCAAGGGGGCGCCCAGGGGGACAGCCUAGAGGGUGCUGCGAGAGGAAAUGUUUACCUGCCCACCCCUACGCCUGCCAAAGUUCUUCUCAAUGAAGAAGAGAAGAAGAAAAAUACAGAAGAAGAGGAGGAGGAUGGUUACCUGCUGCAGACUGGGCAAGCUGUCAAGAAGGGGGAAUAGGAGGCUGUACUGAUAAAAAUAUAAUUUUGUGUUGCUUUUUAAACAUGUCUGACAAUACCCCACAAAUAUGAUAGGAAAAUUGUUAAUUGUGAUUGUAAAGAUAAUGGUGUUAGGUUGCACAUUCCAAACUAAUGUUGAAUAAAUACCUAAGAUUCCACACAAAUCGUGGAUGAGGGUAUGAGUUCAGCUGUGCUUCACCUGCCUCUAGUAGAGCUUUCUGAGUAGGAUUCUAGGAAACAUUAUGAUUAAUUACAACAUGGGAAACAUGUUAUGAUGUAUUUUAAUGCCUCUACAGUUAAACACAUUUCAAAUUUGUUCUCAACUCAAUGCAGAAUAUACCCCCAUUACAGUGAAUGAUUGCACGCGCAUGUUAGUGUGCCUAUGUAUGUGGGAAUUAAUUCAAUAUUUUUUUCAAAAUUUUGUAAUUUAUGUAUUUUUACAAAUCGGUUGGCCAUUCAGAUUGACUUCAACUAAAACUCAAUAAACGUAAUCGUAAACUCAA